GCAUGCGCACAACCAGCCCCACCCGGUUCGGCUCCAGUACUUUCUUGGCCAGCGGCACCGAUUGGACUCACGGGCGGUGCAUGAUGGUGGUGGGUACGGGUACGUCGCUGGCGCUCUCCUCCCUCCUGUCCCUGCUGCUCUUCGCUGGAAUGCAGAUGUACAGCCGCCAGCUGGCCUCCACGGAGUGGCUCACCAUCCAGGGAGGCCUGCUUGGUUCUGGCCUCUUCGUUUUUUCCCUCACUGCCUUCAAUAAUCUGGAGAAUCUUGUCUUUGGCAAAGGAUUCCAAGCAAAGAUUUUCCCUGAGAUUCUCCUCUGCCUCUUGUUGGCUCUCUUUGCAUCCGGCCUGAUCCACCGAGUGUGUGUCACCACCUGUUUCAUCUUCUCCAUGGUUGGUUUGUACUACAUCAACAAGAUCUCCUCCACUCUGUACCAGGCAACAGCUCCAGUCCUCACACCAGCCAAGGUCACAGGCAAGGGCAAGAAGAGAAAUUGACCCUGAAUGUCCAAUAAAAUUGAUUCUUUGUA